AUGAAUUUCAAGGAACCAUUGGUGGAUUUUUUAAAAAGUCUCUUGAAUAACAUAAACUCGGCAUUUUCGUAUCGGAUUCAUCUAUUACAAUUGCAGUUGUUGCGAGAAACGAAUAUCUUGAAGGUUUUAAACAGAGGAAUAGAAAAGUUGUUUGGCGAUAAACUGUUUAACAAAAAUCCAAGGGCGCAAUUUCUCUCUCGUACAGUGGUAAAGAAUGAUAUUGUGGGUUGCAAAAUUUCUAAAUAUGAACUAAUAGAGGUCAGGGCGAAGGAGAUACAAAUGAACUAUGAAAGAAUGGUUUUUGAAAUAACGCAAGAACUCAAUGGAGAUAAACGGGUGUUUGCCUUGAUCACAAAUCUUUCUCAAAGUUUUAGUACAGAGCGAAAAGAAACACGUGAUGUAAAGGUAAAGCACGGUCGACCUUAUGAUAAGAACGAAAUCCAGGUGCUUCCAAUAAGAAUCAAACCUAUCCGUUUGGAAAGGAGAGCGCGAAUGAUGAAAAAGAAGGAAACCAGCAAUUAA